AUGGAGGAAAUAGAGAACGUCGUGUCUAGAAAAAUAGAUUUGUGUCUCUAUGAAGAGGCACUCCAGAUAAUAGACUCCACUCCCUUAACAGGUGCAUCUGGGGUAAGCGUCUAUCCCUAUAAGGGACAGAUACUCUAUCUCCAGAAAAGAUACGAGGAAUCCAUAACCUUUCUGAGGUGGCUAAUAGAAAAGUUUCCUCGAAACAUUAGAGCCAAAAGAUUUCUCUACCUGAGUUUUCUGACUCUCGGAGACUUCAAGUCAUCCUUUAACAUUGCAAAGGAGUGCUGGGAAGACGGAGAUUACCGAAGAUCUACACUAAUCAGGAUAUUAGCACAUUCAUUUGUACUAAGUGACUUUGACUUUCUUGAGUCUCUCGAUACACAUUGUGAUGAGCCUCUUCUCCUAUCUAUGGCAUAUGUCUACUCUGGAAAACUAGAUCGAGCUGUUGAAAUAAUGAGAAGCAUUGAGGAGUCUGAUGGUUCUGAGAUAUAUCUAGAUGCUCUUAUUUCUGUGCAUACAAAGUCUAUACAUAUGCUAGACUAUGUAAGAUACCUGAACGAAGACAUUUUCAUCAAAGCGAUAAAUGGUCUUGAGAAGAAGCAGAGAGUGUUUGAAGAAAUCAAGAGUCAAGGAUGCGAGUAUAUUGACUUUAAGAUAAUGCACAUAGCAAAGAAGACGCUUGGGAUGAGUGAAUAUAGAAAUAUCGUGGAAAAUAUUUCUUCAGGAGGCAGAGCGGAACAUUGUUGUAAAAAGGACUGUUUUCUAGGAAAGCUUAGAACUAGUAGGGAAGAGACUGUACUUUUCAGGAAGAAUGAUCCGUAUAGCCCAGCAGGGAGAUAUUCUGAGCUGGAAGGCAUAUUUGGAAGGCUGAGGGCUGGCAACUUUUCAGGUGGACUUGAAGGUCUGAAGAAAAUGUAUGGAUUGAGAACAACACCAGACCUUGAGAAACAUCUGAAGAAUGGGCAAAACACGCUUGUGAUAGAUGAGGUAGGAAAAUCACUCUUAGAUUAUGGAAGGGGGAAGGACUCGUCUUAUUACACCGACCUGUCUGCAGCAGCCCAUUCACUUCGUGUUAGAGACGUGAUUGAAUGUCUGUCGAGAUUGAUGGACGAGAAUAUGGUUGGUGAGAUUAUCGAAUUGCUAGAGUUAGAUUUAUUUAAUAAGAACACUUGA